ACUGGACAGCCGUGAGUGUGAGUUAACAGCUUUUGCGAAGUCGAGUUGUUGACGAACGGUAGCUGUAAAAAGUGUGGGCAAAUCCCAACUGUCGUCUGAAUCUGCCCGAACUGUGAACAGAAGAAAGUAAAUCUUACCCAUCUUGAAACUUCGGUUCAAGCUCAUCAAGAACAAGUCAAAUCCUUGUCUUCCAGUGAACAGCAGGGAUAAUUUUCAGUUUUUAUCUAAGGUGGGGAGGUUUAAGUGGCAUUUCAGAGAUAGAUGAGUGCCAGCAGACAAAGGACCCUAGGGGGUGGGGGUCAGCAUGUAUUGGACUAUCUGAGACGAAUGCAAGCAGAGAAUCCUUCAUUCUUUUAUGCAAUUCAAGGUGAUAGUGACCACACUGGUGGAAGCAUAUUUUGGGCAGAGGCAACAUCAAGGAUGAAUUAUACUUACUUUGGGGAUACUGUUAUUUUUGACACAACAUAUAGGACAAAUCGCUACAGGGUACCAUUUGCCUCAUUCACAGGACUAAACCACCAUGGGCAGCCGGUGUUGUUUGGAUGUGCUUUAAUUCUCAAUGAGUCCGAGUCCUCUUUUGUGUGGCUAUUACAAACUUGGCUUCAUGCAAUGUCUGACCACCACCCUGUAUCUAUAACAACUGACCCUGAUCGUCUCAUACAGAUGGCUGUUGCGCAGAUUCUUCCGGAAACACGCCUUCGUUUCAAUAAAUGGAGCAUUUUCAAAGAAACCCAAGAGAAACUAGCUCAACUAUACCAAUCACAUCCUACUUUUGAAGCAGAAUUUAGGAAAUGUAUUAAUGAGACCGAGACGAUUCAUGAGUUUGAAUCAUCUUGGGUAUCGCUUCUGGAAAGGUACUUUGUCAUGGAUAAUGAAUGGCUUCAGUCAAUGCACAAUGCUCGGCAACAGUGGGUCCCUGUUUAUAUGCGAGAUACGUUCUUUGGGGACCUAUCUAUAAGUGAGGGAACUGGAGGUUUAAACUCAUUCUUUGAAGGGUUUGUGAAUCCAUCAACCACCGUACAGAUGUUGAUUAAACAGUACGAGAAAGCUGUAGCUACUUGGCAUGAGAAAGAAUUAAAGGCAGAUUAUGAUUCCACUAACACUACACCAGUUCUUAAGACACCAUCACCCAUGGAAAAACAAGCAGCUAACCUCUUUACAAGAAGAAUAUUCAUGAAGUUCCAAGAGGAGUUGGUAGAGACCCUUGCUAAUCCUGCAACUAAAAUUGAUGACUCAGGAACUGUCAUAACAUAUCGGGUGGCCAAAUUUGGGGAAGACCACAAAGCACACACUGUUAGCUUCAAUUCUUUUGAGAUGAAAUCUUGUUGCAGCUGCCAAAUGUUUGAAAAUUCUGGAAUAAUAUGCAGGCAUAUAUUAGCAGUUUUCAGAGCAAAAAAUGUUCUUACACUUCCUUCACAAUAUUUACUAAAACGAUGGACAAGAAAUGCCAAAAGUGGAGCUGUGUUGGAGGAACGUGCUUCUGAAUUGCCAAAUAAUUCUCGGGAGUCCUUAACAGUUCGGUAUAACAGUCUACGUCAAGAAGCUAUUAAGUAUGUUGAAGAAGGGGCAAAAUCUAUUCACAUUUACAAUGUGGCAAUGGAUGCUUUACAAGAGGCAGUGAAAAAGGUUGAUGCUGCAAAACACCAAAGCCCUGCCGCUGCAGAAGAUGGAGCAUUGAGCAAUGGAGGCGAUCAAGAGUUGCAUGCAGCUGGAGAUACUCAGGCAGUGGCAUGUCAAUCUGCGGAUGAGAAGGAAAAGAAAAUUCGUGAAUUGACUGUGGAGUUGGAGAGCACAAACCAGCGAUGUGAAGUGUAUAGAGCCAAUCUGCUGGCUGUUUUGAGGGAUAUGGAAGAACAGAAGUUAAAGCUGUCUGUUAAAGUUCAAAACGCAAGGCUUAGUUUGAAAGAGUGAAGGUAAUCUGUGAAGAAAUGUUAGCAGAAUGAGUCUUUCCCAUACUGAUAGUUAUUAUUUUAGCUUCUCAGAGGAUUCGGCAAGAAUUGAUCAUGACCGGUGGGGUUAAUUUGCCAUAAAUACAAUGUAGUUUAGAUUGUAUGAAAAAAAUUGAUAGGUUCUUCA